AUGGCAACUCAAAUCGCAACCCUCCUCUCCUCAACCCUCGCCCUCCUCGACCAAUUCCAAGAAACACUCACUCCAUCCCGCGCCGCAGAGACACAGACUCAAACCGAGUCGUCCCCUUCUUCAAACGAUGCAAAGCCCCUAGCCCUCCUAUCAGCAUCAUCCUCCGCCCUCCGCGCCCAAGUAACAAAACUCUCCCUACUGUCCAUAACCACACCCUUCACACCGUCAGCCGUCAGCACCGUCCUCCGAGCCGUGAAUGACUCCGUCCUACCUUCACUUAUAACAGCUGCUCUACUGAUCACGCCGGCCGAGUACACGAAAGCGUUCCACUCUGAGAUCCUCGUUCUUUCGCGCACGGCGUUGGCGGAAUUCGCGGCGCUGAUUGGACUUGUUAAGGGUAUUGCGGAGAAGAGUGAGAAAGGCAAAAAUGACCCCAAGGGCACAAAGGGCAAGGAGGAUAUGUCCAAGGCGGAGAAGGAUACUGUUACCGUUGCGGCGGGUCGGGUUUGGGAAGCUUGUGAUAGUGUGACGGGUGUUGCUAGCAAGGGUGUUGUGGGGUUUGUCGUGCAUCGGGUUGAGCAGUGGAGGGAUUUGAUUCGGGAUGCUGUGAUGGAAAUUGAGGAGUGGGAUCCUGAGGAGGAUGAGGAUGAUUUCUUUGAUGAUUUGAUGGGUGAUGAGAAGAAGAAGAGUGAUGAUGAGGGCUCGGAUGAAGAUAAAGAUGAUGGAAGUGAUUCCGAUGAAGAUGGAAAUACUGCUGCGCUCCUGGAGCGCAAGAAGUCUACUUUGCGCUUCCUUAAGCCUGUCGCUCAGGUUUAUCCGGCUGUUAUUAAUUACCGGUUGAAGAAUGCGGGGGAAACGCCGCUGGCUACGAAGGGUGGUGUUGAGAAGCUGGAGCUUUUGAUGCUUUACCUUGGUCGGAUUCCUGAUCUGGUUGAUGAGGCUGCUGGGGCUUUGUAUGAGGAUGAUGAGGAUCGGGCGGUGGAUUUCUUGAAAAAGAUUCGUGCGAAUGCUACCGUUGCUGUUACUUCGCUGGAACUUCCUUGGGGUGAGGCUGCGGAUGCGGAUAAGGCUGAAGAUAAAUUCACUGUCUGGUCGAGGACGUGGCUUAAGGUUUUGGAGGAAGUUGGCAAGUCCAUCGAGGCUGAAGCUGAGUGA